UUGAGGUUGCAGAAGUUCAAAGACCAUUCGGGUGCUACCUACCUAAAGCUAUAGAGGAACUCGGAGUUACUUUGAACUUUUAAAAUGUACCUACGCACCUGCAAUCCGUUCAGGUACCAGUGUUAGGGCUUGCCUUGGCGAUGUCUAGCAUAUGGAAAGCACUAAGUAAAACCUUACCUAGUAGGUAGGUAGGUACUACCCCAUCUGGAACCAUCAAUGAUCAAUUUCAAAUUACUCAGCCCUAAAGGUUUUUAUUUUCAACUUCUAUCAACUUCUAACUUCAACUCCCUUUCAUUCACCGUUACUAGGCGAAGUUAAGAAGCCAUAUUCCUCUACCUACAAUAUCAAUAUUACUCUAUUAUAGUAUUACCUAGGUCAAUAGCAACGAUGGAGCACGAUCCAAACUGGGAGCGUGCCCUUGUCAUACGCCUACGCGAACCGCAACCGGAACGAAAGAAACCAGUGCUUUUCAUACCCAACGAGAUCCUUCACAUGAUCAUAAAUAAUUUCCGACUUCCAGUUAACAAGGUAACUGAUGGGAUGCCCCCAGAGGAAUUCCUAGUGAACCGCACCACACUUUACAAUAUUUGUCUUACUGCCAGUUUCCUCAUCAAAUUUACGAGGCCGCUUCUAUAUGAAACGAUUAUCUUAUACUUGGGCUCUAAACCGGAUGAAAAUGAACGCGUCGGCAACCAGCGGACCAUGGUACUUCUGAUCAGAACUUUGUUAGAGGAACCCGACUUCUGUCCGCUCAUCAAGAAUAUCAUUUGCCCCUCAAUAAUUACAAAAUUCCCUUGGAUCAGCAAAUUCCACGACUACAGUAAAGAUUUCCUUCUUUGGCCUUUCGUCCAAUACGAUUACCCACCCUAGGAGACUAUCGAUUGGCGUCACCGGCUUAUAUUUAAAUGUGCGCGGCUUGAUCCAUUUAAAGGCCGGACGUUAAAGGAUUGGGAUCUCAGAGAUUACUGGGAAUCAACCACAGAGUACACCCAACGGAUUUUAGCGAUCCUUCUUUGCUUAUCGUCCAGAGCGGAAUUAUUACUCCUUCGUAUACAGGAUAAUAACAACUAUCCCGUUCU